AUGAAGUCGGUGCCUCCUGCAGUACCCUCCAGCGCGGCGGAUCUCGCCUGGCGGAGCAGCACGCGGCGCCUGAAGAGCCAGAUCUGGAGCUCUGUGGUGACCAUCGUGUUGGUGGAGGGCAAGAACCUGCUGCCAUGGACGCCCGACGGCACCUCAGACCCUUAUGUCAAGUUCAGACUCGGGAACGAAAAGUACAAGAGCAAAGCAGAUCAGCACACGCUCACCCCCAAGUGGCUGGAGCAGUUCGACUUCCACCAGUUUGAGGACACAAAGCCAGUUCCUGGAAAUCACCGUGUGGGACAAGGGACAUGCAUACUGGACAUCUCCAAGUAUGAGAAGGAGAAGACUCACCACAUCUGGGCACCACUUGACAAGGGUGCCGGCUCUGUCUUCAUCCUCCUCACAGUCUCUGGCAUCACUUCCUCUGAAACCAUAUCAGACCUCCACUCCUUUGAUGAUAAUCCCAAGGAGCUUGCAAACAUAGCUGCCAGUUAUAAAUGGACAAGAACGCUGCAAAAUGUGAAAGAUGUCGGGUACUUGAGGGUGAAGGUGUUCCGGGCGCAGGGCCUUGCCUCAGCUGAUAUUGGAGGCAAAAGUGACCCAUUCUGUGUGCUAGAGUUGGUCAAUGAUCGUCUUCAGACACAGACAGAGUACAAGACACUGUCUCCAAGCUGGAAUAAGAUAUUCAACUUCAAUGUUAAGGACAUACACAGUAUUUUGGAAGUGACAGUGUACGAUGAGGACCGAGAUCAUAAAGUGGAAUUCUUGGGCAAAAUUGCAAUUCCAUUAUUGAGGAUCAGGAAUGGAGAAAAGAAGUGGCAUGCCUUGAAAGACAAGAAGCUGAGAAUGAGAGCUAAGGGAGUCAACCCAGAAAUUUUAUUGGAGUGUACGGUAUAUUGGAAUCCAAUGCGUGCAGCCAUAAGGACCUUCAUGCCAAAGGAGGAGAAAUUCAUGCAGGUGGAGCAAAAGUUUAAGCGGCAGGUGUUCAUAACCAAUGUGAACCGAUUGAAGGCUUGUGUUAUGGACCUGGUGGAAGGUGGAAAAUUCAUAAAGUCUUGCUUUGAGUGGGAAUAUCCAAUCAGAAGUACAUUUGCAUUCAUCGGCUUCAUGGUGGGAACGUACUGCUUUGAGCCGUACAUGAUUCCCAUUAUACUCUUGAUUGUAUACCUCAAGAACUACAUUGUGUUAUCAAUUGUGGGCACCAUGUCACACCGUGAGGAUGAAGCAGAUUAUUCUGUGGAUGAUGAUGAAGUAGAUGACGAUGAGAAAGAUAAGAAUGGGAACCCAGAGGUAAGGAAAAGGCAUUAUGAGAAGGAUGACUCUGGCAGGUCUAAUGCACCCACUAACCCCUCCAGAGAGGAGGAAAAGAAGUCACUCAAGGAGAGACUGCAGGCCAUACAAGAGGUGACUGCAACUGUCCAAAAUGCCAUAGGUGCCAUUGCAUCCCUCUUUGAAAGUGUCAAUAACACUUUCAACUUUUCCGUGCCAUUCCUCUCAUGGUUACUCAUCAUCGUACUGAUUGUGGGCACCUUCGUCCUGUACUAUAUCCCUAUUCGCUACUUGGUGAUGAUAUGGGGUGUCAACAAAUUCACUCGCAAACUUAUCCGGCCACAUGCUGUCAUCAACAAUGAACUUCUGGACUUCUUAUCUCGAGUUCCUGAUGAUGAAACUUUGCGGGACUGUCGUGAGUUGCGGAUGGUGGCUCAGCUCCAUGAUGACAAAAGAAGAGAUAAUCGGAAAAAAAAACAAAGCUAAUGAAUCCCCUGCAUCAGGGAGUAUGCGCUAGGAACAGUCAGUCAUAUUGAGUAGAGGUAGCAACUACAUACUAGGUAUGAUAUAAUGACUAUGAUGCAGGCUGUGUGUGUGUGUGUGUGUGUGUGUGUGUGUGUGUGUGUGUGUGUGUGGAAAAAAAAUUGGACAGUUAGGAUCUACCCUAGUAAAUUAGAAUGUCUGGAGCAAGUAGACAAGAUAUACGUAGCAAAUGUUUUCUGAAACCAACAAGGUCACUGCUAUACUGCUGCUAUUGCUACUGUUACUACAACUACUACUACUACUACUACUACCACAAUUACUACUAUGUACUUGAUAUGUAGUUAGUGCCAAGUCCAUUUGUUAAAAGUUGUAUUCCAACAUUCAAGUAGGAACCUUAGAUUUAUGCAAACUUGUGUGUGUGCGCAUUUGUGUAAGUGCACACACAUGUUUUUGUGUGUGUGCAUACAUACACGCCUAAACAUGUGUGAGAAAGAAAUUGACUGAAUGAAAAGAAGUAAAUCAGUUUGGAUACAUCUUGUGACCAUAUAUGGAUGGAAGACUUAUGCAGAGUGUGAACAGUAGAUUGAAUUGAAUACCAUAGUAGUGUGUGUGUAAAAGUAUGAUACAAAUCGAGGAUAUGUACACACAACACAUGAGUGCAUGUAGGUUAAAUAUUUUAAAAGAUUAAAGUACAGGUACACUAGUACUGACCCCCUGAUAUGAUGACUAACAGACAAGUGUCAUCUUUGCACAGGAGUCAGCACAGGCAAAGUCAUGCUGGAUUGAGGAGGUUGUAAAAAUAACCUCAUGAAAUGCAUUUGUAUGAUUGUAUUUAAUUGUUGUUGUUAUUGACAGUCUUUCAUAUAUGUAUCUUUGUAUUGCUCUUUUUAUAUAAAUAAUUGCAAAUGUUUAUAGGAAGUGAUUUUACAGUGAUGUUGCCAACUGUUAGAUGUAGUCAAAGUGACUUUGUUAAAAUAUUUUGGUAUUUAUAGUCCCUGUGUAUGAAGCAUAAUGAAAAGGUCACUAAACAAUGAAUCACAUGACUAAUAAGUCAAGGUUCAGAUAAUGAGGCCAGUCUCAAAGCUCCAUCCAACAAUCAGGAAUUUGUUAAAUUAAAUUUGAAUUGGAAGUAACAUUUUCACAAUGAGGCAUUUGAUCAGAAGAAAUCUUCAGUAUUUGUAUCCUUUUUAGCCUCAGUCACCUGUAUGGUAGAUUGAAGACAAUGUAAAAGGGGAGGUUGGAAUUUUAUUUGCAGCCUGUGAUAGUUAUUACUUGAAGUUUACUUCUUUUCUGUACUUUGAGGAUGUCAUAUGUGAACAACUUUUUUAAUGUUGCUUGCUUUUAAUCUACUGGAUCCACCAACAUUUCACCCUGAGAAGGAAUUUUUUUCUCAAAUCAUUAAUUCCUUAACUAUGAUUUUAGUUACAACUCAGGUGAUUUCUCAACACAUUCCCCCAAAGGCUGAAGCCUUGUAUUAACCAUUAACAUUGGCAUAAUUUAAUGGAUGGGCAUUCAUUUUGUUAUCAUAUAGGUUAUCAUAAUUUACAUUACCAUAUCAGAUAUUGUACAAUAAGUAGAUGCAGUUCAUUCAGUUAGUAUUUUCCUAGCUAGGUAGUUCUGACUGCAAUGAUUAUGGAUGAGAGUAAUGAAGGACAUACUGUGAGAGGGCCAUGUUGUCACAGAUUCCUUCACUGUGAGUCUUGUGGACACAAGUUAUGCACAAGUCUGUUGUAGGUGUUGUGAUUAUAAGUAUAUAAUCAAUUUACAGGUUUAUCUAGUCAUUCACUUUAAUUUCUCUGAAUUACAGAGAUGUCACAUCGUCAAAAACUAGAUUAAGAAUUAUAACAAACAUUGUAUGUACCAUUUUUAACAUUACACUUUUAUAAGUCUUGUAGUGUGCAUUCUCAAGGUACUUUUAGAGGCAGUGAAAUAUAUAUAUAUAUAUAUAUAUAUAUAUAUAUAUAUAUAUAUAUAUAUAUAUAUAUAUAUAUAUAUAUAUAUAUAUAUAUAUAUAUAUAUGUGUCAUAUAUGGGAUUAUUCUGUUUAUUAUUGAGGUGAAGGGACAUUUAAGUAGUGUGUUGCAGAAUUAUAAAUAUCAGAUUUGUAUGUUUACCAAUUACCUGUGAUAUUCAUGGUUGUUAAGGCUAAUGUACUUGUCUUGAAAUAAUUUGUUCAUUAAUUUGUAUGCCUUAACAUUUGAAUUUUUGCAUAUAUAUAUGCUAUUCUUGAAGUUAUAAAAAAUAAUAAAUGAACAUUCAUUCUUUUAUUUUUUUAUUUUUUUAUUUACUUAUUUUUUGUUAUUAUUAUUUUAUUCAUUUUCUAUUCUUUUAUUUUAUUUAUUUAAUUUUUAUUUAUUUAUUUAUUUUUUUUUUUAUUUUUUUUUAUUUUUUUUUUUUUGUGUGUGUGGAAUAAGUAUAGAUUCAUGGUGACUGAGAAGGCACAAGUUCAUAAAAGGAAGAAAAAGAAAAGAGGUGUGUUACAAGAAAGCAUUGUAUUUUUUUGGUUGAGCUAUGUAAAUAGCUAAGACACACAUGAUGACCUAAAUGUAGCUGUUAGGGAACACAGAGGCCAGCUAACAUGUUAGCAUGGUGGUGGUGGUGGUGUAUGCUGUAAACUCAGGUUCUUCACCCUGUUGACUGAGGUACUUGUAGACUGAGGUACUUGUAACAGUUUUAAAGUGGUACUUGUAACAGUUUUAAAGUGGAACAAAGUCUCGUUAAUUUAAAGUAAAACUGAAUCAUAUUUUAAAUGAAAUAUAGGUUAUAUCAUAAUCAGUUUAAUUUGAAAGUACCUUAAGCAAUCCAUGUAUUAUAUAAAUUGCUAGAUUAUCAUGGAUUACUUAAAUAAUCAGUUGCAUAUACUCGUAUAUGAAGAUGCAGAUGUAGGAGGCCUGCACUGAGGAAUUCCAAGUAAUAUUACUGAAAACAUUAAGAAGACAGCACACAAUAAGAAUCUCUAGGAUUGUGAUCAUGUUUUCAGGUAAACUAAGAUUAAAUAAAGGCUCAAAGAAAUGUACAAAAGAAAUGUACAAAUCACUAAUUGAAGGUGAAUAGAUUGCCCACUAAAAUUAGUCACAUAACCAACAAAUUUUAAGCCACAAGAUGGAUGAUCAUUUCAACAACCAUGCUUCUUGAUAGGCCAAAAGAUCUGUUACCUAGCCAUUCACUUUAGGUCAGAUUUUCAUCUCCCAUCAACUUGAAUAAUGACAGGUAUUUCAAUUUAUGUAAGAUUUUGAUGAUGUAGCUGACAGAAAAGUGGGAGGAAAUGAGUUGUAGCUGACAGAAAAGUGGAAGGAAAUAAGUUAUCACAAUUUUGGCAGGAUAACCAUGAGACUAAGACGGUUGUAAUAAACAGGGAUAUUUUUGGUAGUGGAGGGACUGUCAUCAUGGAUACAACUCAGGGUACAGAGGGGAUGCUUUCAGAAAGGUGACAUAGGAGGCAUACAAGGUAUUUGGGCAGUGGCCACAGAACAUUAUUAGGGAAGUGGCUGGUGCUAUCACAAAGAGCACUCUGGUAGUUAUGAAACCAUAUUAUUUCCAUCCAACCAUGUUACUUCAUUUCUAUUUUCCUUGCUGGCAUUUUCUUCCAUACCGACAUUUAUGCAUUAUGUGAUUCUGAAUUAUCUUUCAUGUAAUGGUAGAUUGUCAUUUCAUAGUUAUAUCACACACACACACACACACACACACACACACACAGUAGGGUACACAACAAUGCACAGUCAUUUAAUAACUCGCCAUUCAUCAAAGCACUGAAAAUUUAAUAGGAAUAAACUAAAACACCUAUCCACUGCCUGUCCCUUCCUCUUUUUUCCUUUCCCUUCGCUUCUUUCAUCUUAUCUCAAACCUCCCUCCCUAUCACCUCCCCUCCCCCUUACUUGUCAGAGAUAAGGGACAAGGUAGUGAUUCUCUCUCUCUCUCUCUCUCUCUCUCUCUCUCUCUCUCUCUCUCUCUCUCUCUCUCUCUCUCUCUCUCUCAUUCAUGUGUUGCUUCAUCCUUUUUCACUCUUUCUCACUCAUAUAUGUAAUUCCAUUUUCAUUCUCAUUCACUUUGUCAUUUUUUCUUUAUUUCUCACACUCUCACCCUCAUAUAUGUAAUUACAUUUUCAUUCUCAAUCAGUCUCAUUCUAUUCAGUAAUCUUUAGAUUGUUCUUGUUCAUGGAAAGAGAGAGAGAAUGCCCACUGAAAAUGCACACUGAAAUGCCAGUCCCACAAGAGGUUCAAAUCAGUAGUCAAAAAUUGAUGAAUAAGUGUCUUGAAACCUCCCUCUUGAAGGAAUUCAAGUCAGGAAGGUGGAAAUACAGAAGCAAGCAAGGAGUUCCAGAGUUUACCAGAGAGAGGGAUGAAUGAUUGAGAAUACUGGUUAACUCUUGCAUUAGAGAGGUGGACAGAAUAGGGGUGAGAGAAAGAAGAGAGUCUUGUGCAGCGAGGCCGCGGGAGGAGGGGAGGCAUGUAGUUAGCAAGAUCAGAAGAGCAGUUAGCAUGGAAAUAGCGGUAGAAGACAGCUAGAGAUGCAACACUGCAGCGGUGAGAGAGAGGCUGAAGACAGUCAGUUAGAGAAGAGGAGUUGAUGAGAUGAAAAGCUUUUGAUUCCACCCUGUCUAGAAGAGCAGUAUGAGUGGACAUGUGAAGCAUACUCCAUACAUGGACAGAUAAGGUCCCUGUACAGAGUUAGCAGCUGGGGGGGUGAGAAAAACUGGCAGAGACAUCUCAGAACACCUAACUUCAUAGAAGCUGUUUUAGCUAGAGAUGAGAUGUGAUGUUUCCAGUUCAGUUUAUAAGUAAAGGACAGACCAAGGAUGUUUAAUGUAGAAGAGGGGGACAGUUGAGUAUCAUUGAAGAAGAGGGGAUAGUUGUCUGGAAGGUUGUGUCAAGUUGAUAGAUGGAGGAAUUGAGUUUUUGAGGCAUUGAACAGUACCAAGUUUGUUUGCUCUGCCCCAAUCAGAAAUUUUAGAAAGCGUUCUGUGGCUUUCCUUCAUUUACCUUCUGAAGGGUUGGACGUCUAUGAAAAGACGUGGAAAAGUGCAGGAUGGUAUCAUCAGUGUAGGAGUGGAUAGGACAAGAAGUUUGGUUUAAAAGAUCAUUAAUGAAUAAUAAGAAGAGUGGGUGACAAGAAGAAGAGUGGGUGACAAGACAGAACCCUGAGGAACACCAUUGUUAAUAGAUUUAGGAGAACAGUGACUGUCUACCACAGCAGCAAUAGAACAGUCAGAAAGGAAACUUGAGAUAAAGGUACUGAGAGAAGGAUAGAAGCCGUAGGAGGGUAGUUUAGAAAUCAAAGCUUUCUGCCAGACUCUAUCAAAAGCUUUUGAUAUGUCCAAGGCAACAGGAAAUGUUUCAUCAAAAUCUCUAAAAGAGGAUGACCAAGACUCCGUAAGGAAAGCCAGAAGAUCACCAGUAGAGCGUCCUUGACAGAACCCAUACUGGCGAUCAGAUAGAAGGUUGUGAAGUGAUAGAUGUUUAAGAAUCUUCCUGUUGAGGAUAGAUUAAAAAAACUUUAGAUAGGCAGAAAAUUAAAGCAAUAGGACAGUAGUUUGUGGGAUUAGAACGGUCACCCUUUUUAGGAACAGGCUGAAUAUAGGCAAAAACUUCCAGCAAGAAGGAAAGGUAGAUGUUGACAGACAGAGCUCAAAGAGUUUGACUAGGCAAGGUGCAAGCACAGAGGCACAGUUUCAGAGAACAAUAGGACAGACCCCAUCAGGUCCAUAAGCCUUCUGAGGGUUUAGGCCAGCAAGGGCAUGGAAAACAUCAUUGCGAAGAAUUUUAAUAGGUGGCAUGAAGUAGUCAGAGGGUGGAGGAGAGGGAGGAACAAGCCCAGAAUCAUCCAAGGUAGGGUUUUUAGCAAAGCUUUGAGUGAAGAGUUCAGCUUCAGAAAUAGAUGUGAUAGCAGUGGUGCCAUCUUGUUGAAAUAAAGGAGGGAAAGCAGAAGAAGCAAAGUUAUUGGAGAUAUUUUUGGCUAGAUGCCAGAAGUCACGAGGGGAGUUAGAUCUUGAAAGGUUUUGACACUUUCUGUUAAUGAAGGAGUUUUUGGCUAGUUGGAGAACAGACUUGGCAUGGUUCCGGGCAGAAAUAUAAAGUGCAUGAGAUUCUGGUGAUGGAAGGCUUAAGUACCUUUUGUGGGCCACCUCUACAUCAUGUAUAGCACGAGAACAAGCUGUGUUAAACCAAGGUUUAGAAAGUUUAGGUCGAGAAAAAGAGUGAGGAAUGUAUGCCUCCAUGCCAGACACUAUCACCUCUGUUAUGCGCCCAGCACACAAAGACGGGUCUCUGACAAGGAAGCAGUAGUCAUUCCAAGGAAAAUCAGCAAAAUACCUCCUCAGGUCCCCCCAACUAGCAGAGGCAAAAUGCCAGAGGCUCCUUUGCUUAGGGAGAUCCUGAGGAGGGAUUGGAGCAAUAGGACAAGAUACAGAUAUGAGAUUGUGAUCAGAGGAGCCCAAUGGAGACGAAAGGGUGACAGCAUAAGCAGAAGGAUUAGAGGUCAGGAAAAGGUCAAGAAUGUUGGGCGUAUCUCCAAGACGGUCAGGAAUACAAGUAGGGUGUUGCACCAAUUUCUCUAGGUCGUGGAGGAUAGCAAAGUUGAAGGCUAGUUCAUCAGGAUGGUCAGUGAAGGGAGAGGAAAGCCAAAGCUGGUGGUGAACAAUGAAGUCUCCAAGAAUGGAGAUCUCUGCAAAGGGAAGAGGGUCAGAAUGUGCUCCACUUUGGAAGUUAAGUAGUCAAAGAAUUUCUUAUAGUCAGAGGAGUUAGGUGAAAGGUAUACAGGUAUACAUGUUCAUUGUUGCAUAGCCUACUGUGUAUAUAUAUAUAUAUAUAUAUAUAUAUAUAUAUAUAUAUAUAUAUAUAUAUAUAUAUAUAUAUAUAUAUAUAUAUAUAUAUAUAUAUAUAUAUAUAUUAUUUUAUCUGUUUUUUUUUCAAGUGUACUGAAUUGAUUGCAUAUUGACUUUUAAGCUAAAAGUGGCCCCAUCUGUAUUGAUACCUUUCAUUAUUAGAAUUCAAGAUAUAAUGAACAUCAAAGUGGUUGAUGUGAAUGGUAAAUGCAACACACAACAUUGAAAUCAAGUGCACAGCUCUCCCUGCAACAAAUAUGGAAGCAAUGUCAAACUUGUCACAAUGUCAAAGUAACCUACUCUGGAUACCUUCAACAUGACCUUUGCAUAUUUUGCUUUUAUGUUACAAGUUAGCAACAAAUAUAUUUAUGGAUGUUUUUUCCUAAAGAUAUAUUUGUAUAUCAGAGUAUAAGAAUGCAGAACAUCAAAUAGGUGACACUUUUCCACUUCAAAAUACUGCAUAUGGUAGCUAACACAGGCAAGAAAAGAUACACUCUUGUUUCACUUUCUUACAUGAUCUCCAUAGAUACAUAUAAACUGUUCAGUACAUGGUGCAAAUAUGGUGCAAAACUUGAGCUAAAAGUGACUAAAAAUUAAACACUAUGAAUGAAGGGAAGUUAUAACAUUCAUUAUUUCUUGGUCACGGCCUGCUUAAGGCAUGCACAGUAUACCAGCAUAUUUUUGUGCAUUUUGUUUCUUAGAAUUUGCAUGGCACAGUGGGCACCGAAAAUACUGGGACUUAGCCUCAUUUCAGCCUAGAAUGUACAGUGGGCAUCGAAAACACUGGGACCUAGCCUCAUUUCUGUAGGCAAGCAUGCAGUCCCUGUUUUUAUCGUGCCAAAAUUCAUAUAAGCCAAUAUGACGUCACAUCGGAAUCUGGCAAGUCAGGAACCCUCGCUGAGUAUUUGAGGGAUGCUGGCUAACAGCAAGCCCUGUGCUUCACUACUGUAAUGGUGUACCUGGGGUCGUACUAAUUAUGUCAGAGGGGGCGGGGCGCCUUACCUGCAGUCUGUGGGAUGUCAUGACUUGAAAACUUCUCACAUUGGACCAGAGAAAAUUCUGCCAGUCUGCCACUGACCAGUUAUUGUGCUCUUUAGCAAAAGCAAGCUGCUUAUGCCACAUGGUUCCAGUCAGUAGGGAUUUGUAUGCCACCACAUGAUUCAGUAUGCCAAGCUGAUGCUUGAGCCAGUGUUGGAUGGUGCAAAUGGUGAUGUCUUGAAGGAGCUUGGGAUAGAAUUUCCUGAGACAUUUUGCUGUCAGCCUAGGGUUUCUGUUCACAGCUAACUUGAGAAGGCAGUCAGCGAGUGGUGUAGUCUUUCCUGACCUUCCAGGACACUUUCUAUAUUGGAGUAUGGUGUUAGGUGGCAUCUCACGUGAGGUAGCAAAUAGGCGCAUGAUAGUGGACUUCCCUCUCCCUGUCCUCCUCAAUAUUUUUCUUUAAUUGGAACUUUCUCCUCCCAUAGAGUUGGGCUCAGAGCAGCAACAAAGGCAGCAAAAAAUUAGGAAAAAUAAAAACAAUGAACAGGUGCAUAAACCUUCUCAUACCAUGCAUAGAUGAGUGCUGACAUGUUAGCCAGCAUCCCUCAAAUACUCAGCAAGGAUUUCUGACUUACCAUAUACCAAUAUGUGAAGUCUUAUCAGCUUAUAUGAAUUUUGGUGCAAUGAAAACAGGGACUGCAUGUUUGCCUGCCAAAAUAAGGCUAGGUCCCAGUGUUUUCAGUACCCAUUGUACAUUCUAGGCAUUUGUAUAAAAAACUCCAGUAUACACAGUGUAUGAUGGGCAUUAUGCCUUGUGGGAAUACAAACACUAAAUAUUGCAUGCUUCAUGGAUUUACAAUGAUUUGACAUUAUGCAAAAUUAUGGUUUUCCAAUUUAUGGAACGCCUAACAUGUACACUACUGGAUAUCAGUGGCAGCAAAAUUUUACCUCGAGGAUAGAAUUAUAAAGAAUUUCAGGAAAGUGCUUGAUUUUAUUGGGCAAACAUUCUCCUUGUAAUGUUGAUAUUCAUUUAUGAGUCUGCAGAAUUCAUGACUGGAAGAAGAGUUACAUGAUGACUUGUAUCCUUGAUGAGGAACAAGAAAAGUACAAGGUACUCUGUAUAAUUGAAAAUACAUAUCAUUAUUAUUAUUAUUAUUAUUAUUAUUAUUAUUAUUAUUAUUAUUAUUAUUAUUAUUAUUAUUGUUAUUACUUAAUGUUAAUUAUUAUAAUCAUUUUUCAUGUUUCUAUUAUAAUGUACUUCAUCAUUAUGUUAAAACAUUGGGUGGAUGCACUGAUUGGAUGGGGACAGUAAUAUAUUUCAGAUAUUAGGUUAAUGGAUGUGCCAUUACAAAAAUGAGUUGAUUACAAAUAGAAUUCUUUAAGGUGCAUUGGGUGGAUGCUCUGAUUGGAUGGGGACAGUAAUAUAUUUUAGAUAUUAGGUUAAUGGAUGUGUUUUUACAAAAAUGAGUUGAUUACAAAUAGAAUUCUUUAAGGUGCAGUCAUUCACCAAUAUUCAGAAAAGGAUGGGACUACAAAAACCAAAAGAUGGCACAGUGGAGGAAUAUGAAUUCAGUGGAUUCCUUUGAUAAAUUGUUCUUGAUGAAAGUGUGUGCAUGGAGAUAAUUUAAGGACAUCACUGUCAUCACUGGUUCUUAAGAAGCAUUUCAUAGACAUAAAUAAAAAAUAAAAAAAAGUUCUUGAAAGUUACCUAAAUGUAUGCCACUGGCAAGUGGUUUUCUUCAUUCUUGUAGGAUUGGAAGGCCAUGUGAGCUACUAUUGAGAGUUCAGUAUGUAGUUCACACAUCAGGAUUUGAUAUAUAUGUGCAGUAACAGAAUGAGUAAAGCAUUAACUUUCUUCAAAUAAUAACAGAGCAGAGUUGUGAACUUAUUACCAAUAUAGAACUCUCUCUCCCUCUCCCUCUCCCUCUCUCAUAACAUUGGAUAGCCAAAUAAAUAUUGAGUUCCUUGCUAGAUUUUUUUUUUUUUUGUCUAGUUACUUUAUUCUCAGUUUUGGUCAGAAUGUCGAAAACAAACAAAAUAAAUCCAUAAAGUAAUGGGGGUCUGUCUGUACUCAUAGUAUUUUUUUACAGUAAUAUAUAUAUAUAUAUAUAUAUAUAUAUAUAUAUAUAUAUAUAUAUAUAUAUAUAUAUAUAUAUAUAUAUAUAUAUAUAUAUAUCUCAAGUAUAUAAAUGCAUUCUGUAAUGAUGUCAAGAUAUUUUGUUUAAUUUUAGUUGUACUUUGUACAAAGUAGCUAAAAAUCUGAACUGGUUCUGGGUGAGAAGUUUGUUUGGUAUUUUUAAUCUGUGCAUAAUAACUGUAGGCUGACGGCCUCAAAUUUUGAAUAUCCGUAAAAUCCAGUGUUGGUGAGACGUGGUGCUUUGCACCUGUUACCUGUUCUGAACAAAUACUAGAGGUAAGUACACAACAGAGUUGUGAAUGUUGGGAGUCAGGUUUUCAUCUAAUGAAGUGUGAUGAUGAAUCAUUAUUUAUAUACAUAUAUAUAGUAAGGGGUUUGUUAUGUCUGAGUGCACCUUAAUUUUGAAAAACUUCAUUUUAUUUAUAUAUAUAUAUAUAUAUAUAUAUAUAUAUAUAUAUAUAUAUAUAUAUAUAUAUAUAUAUAUAUAUAUAUAUAUAUAUAUAUAUAUAUAUAUAUAUAUAUAUAUAUAUAUAUAUGCCAUAUCAGUAUUUUACAGAAGUAAUUAUUUUGCAAAAAAAAAAAAUGAAUGUCCAUUAAAUUUUACUAAAUGUAGUGCUAUCAUAAUUAAAAAGAUUUCAUAUGCUCUUUUGAAAACACUUAUGACUCAUUGAUAUCAACAUUAUUGAUAAACAUAUGGCUGAAAAACAGAUUGUUGUAACAUAUAAUAAAAUGUGAAAAUAACAAAACUUAUGAUGGAUAAUAAUGACCUGAGUUUCAGAUGUAUUACAACUUUAAAAUUCAUUUAUUUUCAUUUACAGAUGGAGGCACCAAAUGAUCAUGAAGGUUUAAAUGAAUAUUAACAACACUGGCUUGUCAUUUAAUUAACUUUGAACAAAGACUCAAAUAUUGCAAUCAGAAUAAUGGGAAAAACUAAAUACCUACCUACUUUGUUGCAAUUUAGCACCAAUAGGUUCUGAUUACUUUUUAAAAUAGCUUUGCACCUUCCAUUGUUGCUUUAACAAAAUUUCAAAUUUUCCCUUAUGUGUAACUUUUCAAGUAAAAGAUUUGUGUGAAUUGUGCAAACAUUCAUUGUGGAAUAGUGUUUUUCCAUUCCAAACUUGUCCAUAGACAUGCUAUUGCAAAACUUAUCAUAUAUUUUUAUUGUAGUUUUGUGUUACUAGUCAUGCAGGAAGUUACAUAGCAGACAUGCAUAAGACUGAUGCUUUAUAAACUAAGGCACUACAAUACCUGAUGUUAUUUAUCUGAACACUUAUAAUUUCCUCAGAAUAACUAUACAAAAUAAUGCUUUCUUGACAUAUUAGUAUAGAAAUUUUACAUUUUCAUGUAGCUUUGAAUUUAUAAUUCAUUAUUCAAGUAAUGAAGAAUGAACAAUAUAUUAAUGUUGAUUUUUUUUUUAAAUCCCUUGUAAAAUCUUAAGGGUAUUUUAUUGGCUAAAGUGGGGUAUAAAAAUUUACUUUCCUUGGUUAAUAAGAAAAGCUACCUGUUCCUGUAUUAUCCUCUUCACAACCACUUGUAUAAAUACCAAGAAAAUAUUUCUUGAUGUAUCCAGUGUCUGUUAUGUAACUCACUUGCAUCCUGCUUAAACACUUCCAAAAGUUUUGAUGAACUACAUGAAUUGACUGUUUGGGCCACAUCCAUUGACUCCUUUUCCUGAUUCCUGAUUCAUGUACUUGUAGCCACCCAGGCAGUGUCUCGGUUGCCUGCUAACCACUGCUGCCAUUAUGGUGCCACAGAUUAAGAAAAAACAAGGAUUGAUCUUACUCUUGUAACUAUCUUAUGCUCUAAAUAAAUAUCUUUUGUAC